AUGGUAUCAACUCUCGACUCUUUUCAUAUGAUGCUAGUCUGUAAGUACUUUCAAUCAUUUGAUGAUUUUAUUCAGGUAAUGAGUGUUUCCAAAAAGUACAAUAACAUUGUUACUAAAUUAAAUUACAACCCAAUUCCACUUACUGAAAAGACUAUGCGACAUUUUUCUCAACUUGAAACGUUGCACGUGUACACACACGGAGACCCAAUAUUCAUAGAAAGAUCAUUUAAUGCUCGAGUAUACCAUUACAUGAAAAUCAAUGUACAAACUCUUGUUAAAACAACAGUCGUUUAUGUACAUAACUUGGCAACUGUUUUAGACCUCAAAACCGAAAUUGAAAAAUCUGAAUAUUGCCCAACAUGCAGACAGCGAAUUGUAUUCAACAAAAAUUUACUUCAAAAUGAUGUUAAAUUGAAAGACGUUGGGAUUGCCAAUGAGUCAACUGUACUUCUCGCUUUAUCACCACUCGAAAAACCAAUCAUUUUGUUGUACGACUCAAAUGCGUCUGAAGAAACAAAUUCAAAACAAAAAGUUGACAUCCAAAUUAAACUAAACAACACAACUUUUUCGUGUUUGUACCCAACACCACAAUAUAUCGAUGAACACAACAAAAAGUGCGUUUGGAGUGCUUUUUACGCGUCAAAACAACACAACAAACUUUUAAAAGAUCACAAAGAAGAUGAUAAUUUAAUAAUCGAAGUAAAUGGUAAUAAGUAUGAAUAUUUAUUUUGGGAAGGAGAAACACACACAACCUUUGAUGGUCAAAAGUAUGUCGCAAAUAACAUAGAAGGCGUGAGAGAAGUGCUUGAAAGACUUGGACUGAAUUUGAGAGAGCAAAACGACUUUAUUGUGUAUUGGGUUAAAACACUUGUAAAAUACAAGAAGAUAGGAAUCACUGUAUGUGAUGUUCAAUAUGAAAACGAGGCAAAGUUAUCAAUCAGCGGCUUUGAAAAUGGAAUACGGGUGUUUCUUCAAUUUUUCGAAGCUGAUGGUUUAAUCUUGAAAAGUGUCAAUGAACUUGAAAAAAGACAAAGACCAAUUGGAAAGUAUUUUGUUGAAUGGGGCGCUUCUCUGAUUUAA